AACACAUAAAAACAACAAAAUUAUCUAUCAAUCAAAUUAUUAUUAUUAUGUAAUACCUAUUACAUCACAAGAUGUCAGACUCAAAGACGACAUCCGAUUUGGACACCAUUUGGACGAAUUUAGACGAAAACGAUUGCAGUAUUUUUGAUUUACCCGAUCCGUGGACAGUGGAUCAGAUACAACCCAAGUUUGAAGUGUUUGCCGUCGGCAGUACAAAGUCAGUAACCAUAACAUACGACACACCACCUGAUAAAGCAAUCAACGAACUUAAAAGUGCAGGACUUUUGUCGACCAGUCGUAUAAUUUUUGUGACCCACGGCUUCCUCAAUAAUGUGAACACUGAAUGGAUGAUAGAUAUUAAAGAUGAACUGAUUAAACAAAAUGAUCAAACGGUAGCCUUGGUUGGUUGGGGUCAUGGAGCUGAUCUCUUGCCUAUUAGAUAUAGACAGGCGGCUGUUAAUAUAAAACCAGUGGGUUUAUGGCUGGCUCCGUAUGUCCAACAAAUCAAUCAGACCGUUCACGGUAUGGAAAUUUGGGGAAUUGGCCACAGUUUAGGUGCUCAUGUCAUGGGAAUGGCCGGUCGCACUUCCAAUUGUUUUACUAGAAUUACGGGUCUGGAUCCUGCGGGUCCGUGCUUUGAGAAGAGAGCCGAUACUAUGGAGUUACGCAAAACCGAUGCUUCCUUUGUAGAUGUUAUUCAUACCGAUGGAUACGAUCCAUGGCUCGAUCCAAGAGAUUGGAUUUCUCCGGUCAAUCACUACGGAACACUUAUACCAUUGGGAACUAUUGACUUUUACCCCAAUUACGGUUAUGACCAGCCGGGUGCCGGUGGCUUUCAUAUUGCCGGCAGUCAUACACGAGUUAUUGAUUUAUUUAUUUGGAGUAUUAGUAAUCCGGGAAAGUUUUGUACCUAUAGCUUGUUGGAUGGUUUGCCUGAAUUUGAAAAACCGGUGAAAAAAUUAAUUAGAGAUGUGAAAUGUGUUGAAAUGGGUUAUCAUUGCUUUUUUGGUAAUUAUUCGAGUGGUUGUUAUUAUGUAGAAACAAAUAAAUGUGAGCCCUGGGCACCGGUCGUUAAAUGAUCGCUAUUAUCGUUCAAAAUGACUACUAUUUGUGAAGAUUAUAACGAUAAAAAAUUAUUGAUUUGUAUAAUCCGACUUAACUAACAUGCAAUGUACCGUAAAAUGAUUGCAACAAUUGGUGUAUUUUUUAUAUUUUUAAGUUAAUAUUUUGCUGAAU